AACACAUUGGUUUAGUUUUUCGUAUCUUUCGUACUUUCGUGUAAUUUCUUUAAAAGGCAUUCAUACCUCGACUUAAUAUAAUUCACAAUGCAAAAUACUAAUGAUAUACCAGAAUCCAGAAGAUGUGAACCAGCCAAAUUUUAUAAAAAAUCAACUUUCGUUGAUAUGUAUGAAGGAUUGCAAUCCUUACGAAAUAGUGAGAUUUUUUGUGAUAUUAAACUUGAAACGGACGAUCACAAAAUAAUAACUGCACAUAAAGUGGUUUUAUCAGCAGCUAGUCCGUAUUUCCAUGCUAUGUUCACAAAUUUUGCAAAAAGGAAUCAUGAUCUUGUGGUAAUAAGAAAGAUAGAUUAUAACAGUUUACUACUCUUAGUAAACUUUAUUUACACGGGGCAAAUCGUGGUCACCGAAGAAAACGUCCAGGACUUGUUACCAGCGGCAAAUCUCUUGCAAUUACAAGAAGUUAAAGAGGCAUGUUGUGAUUUUUUACAGUCACAACUCUGCCCUACAAAUUGUAUUGGUAUUAACGCUAUGGCUGAUUUACAUAGCUGUACGAAAUUGAUAAGAAGUUCAGAAUUAUAUAUUCUUCAACACUUUCCAGAUGUUUUUGGUGGUGACGAAUUCCUAUCCUUAUCAUCCGAACAAGUAAUUAAGUUGAUCUCCAGUGACAAACUUACAGUUCCAUCUGAAGAAAAAGUAUUUGAAAGUGUUAUCAGUUGGGUAAAAUAUGAAUUGGAUUCAAGACAAUGUAUUUUACCCCAAUUAAUGGAACAUGUACGUUUAGCAUUAACAUCGAAAAACUACUUAUUAAAAAUAGUAGCCAAGGAUCCUCUUAUAAAGAAAUGUCUUAAAUGUAAACAUUACGUAUCGGAGGCAUUAAAAACACUCAAAGCAGAAGAGCUUAUUCCUCAAAGCAUCCGGAUUAAACCCAGACAUCAAAAUAAAGUUAUAUUAGUUGUUGGUGGAAUUGAGUCGGGAUUAAGUAAUAGUUUAGAAUAUUUUGAUCCAAUCACGGACCAAUGGCAUUUUGGACCAGAAUUGAUUACAAACCAUAGAAGACAUAAUCUAGUCGUAAUUAAAGAUAAUUUUAUAUUUGAUGUGGGUGGUUAUAAAAAUGGUUUAUCACCUUAUCGGUGUGUUCAUGUUCUUGAUUUAUCUUCCAAACCACUUUGUUGGCUACCAAGUGACGAUAUGUUAGUUGAACGACAAUUUUUAGGAGUUGGUGCAAUAAAUGAUAAUAUCUAUGCCGUAGGCGGAUUAAAUGAUAGAGAUGGAGAUUUAAAAAGUGCCGAAGUUUUUGACUUCAAUACUCAAGAAUGGCGUAUGAUAUCCAGUAUGAAUACUAUGAGAUCUUUAUUUGCGGUUGGAGUCUUGAAUGAUCUUUUAUAUGUGGUAGGAGGUUUUGAUCAAUCAUUACAGGCUUUAAACACUGUUGAGUGUUAUAAUCCCAGUAUUGAUAAGUGGACACCAGUCGCAAACAUGUGUGAACGUCGCAGUUGUGCCGGUGUAGGAGUUUUAAAUGGUGAACUGUAUGUUGUAAGCGGUCGUAAUGGAUCAAACCUUUUAAGUAGUGUUGAAAAAUACAGACCAAGUACAGGAGUUUGGACAACUAUUGCAGACAUACUUUUGCCUCGAAAAUAUGCAGAUGUAGUCGCAUUAGAUGGUUUAUUGUAUGUCAUCGGUGGAAUGAACAAUACUUCUGUUUUGAAUUCUGUAGAAUAUUACAACCCAAACACCAAUACCUGGGCCAUGGUCACAUCGAAAAUGAAUAUGAUGCACUUUUCACCUGGAGUAGUAGCCAUUAAUAGGCCAAAACAUUUUACAACUUGUUAGCAUUAAUUUUUUUUGGCACAAUAUAUAAAUGUUUUACUAUUUUGCAUUAUAGUAUCUUACAUUAUGUAUAGCGCAUACAAUACAUGUAUUUUUUUUUAAUUUUUCAACUUUUAUGUUCAAUUUCUAUAGCUAAGGUUGGACAUUUAAAUUAAGGUUUCUCAUAAAUAGUUAAUAAUGCAACCGAAAAAACUUUAAAAUAUAUACCCAAACCAAAUUUCUUCAUAGAUAUUUUUACUUCAAAUUUGAAUCAAAUUAGAG